AUGGACGGUACUUUCAAAACUGUUCCAACAAGUUUUAAACAACUCUAUACAAUUCAUGAAAGUGUCGAAAGUAGUGAAAACUCUCAAAUUAUGCCUCUUGUGUUUUCACUAAUAUCAAUGCAAGCAUUUGGCCUUGCUUCUCAAUAUGCAAGUGAUAAAAAUAUUAGUUUAUUUGUUAGAUAUAUCCCAGCACUUGCAUUUUUGCCUUGUAAUAAUAUUCCAGCUGCAUUUGAUGAAUUAAGGAGUAAUAUGCCAUUAAACAUGUUACCAGAAGUCAAUGAACUUUUGGAUUGGUUUGAGAUUUAUUAUAUUCAUAAAAAGGUAAUUCAUAGAUUAAGAAAUGGAAAUGUAGUUUGUUCUGAGCCAUUAUUUCCACCAUCUUUAUGA